AACAAGAUACUGGGGUGGGAGGAAGUCAUGUGGGGCUAUAGGACUUCUAUCACCUUUUCAAACAUACCUAUCCCAGGCUUGGCAUUAUCAUGAAAAGCAACCUACCUUUGUCUGCCCAGAGCAGAAGCUGGGACCGCAGCAGUCUCCAGAGAAAGUUGGGGCCCAGGAAUGGGGGCAGGAGGAACACACAUACUUCUCCCUGGGGGAUAAGACUCCUCCCGUUAACCAUUACCUCACUGCUCCUAAGGCAGUGUCUUUAAGGAGGCGGGGACGUGGCAGGUUAGGUGGGAGGGUCAGCUGUUUUUCAUGGACCUUGUCCCUACCCUGAGCACUGGGUCACUGAUCCAACUAUGGAAGCAGCUGCAGAUCUUCAGGACACAGCCUCGUUAACUCUGAAGUUUGAGUUUAACCCAAAGCAGGGCAUUGAUAAUCCUGUCCUCUCUCUGGCUGAAGACCUUGACCCCUCCGAUCUCUGGAGCCUGGAGCGGCCUCGCUUCUGUCUGCUGAGCAAAGAGGAGGGCAGAAGUUUUGGCUUCCACCUGAGACAGGAUCUGGGCAAGGCUGUGCCUGUGGUGUGCAGGGUGGAGCCAGGCACCUCUGCCCAGCGCCAGGGUCUUCGGGAAGGGGACCGGAUCCUAGGGGUGAACGACCACGUUGUAGAAUGUGAAGACUAUGCUGUGGUGGUGCGCCGUAUCCGGGCCAGCGGUCCGCGGGUGUUGCUGACAGUUUUGGCGCAGCACGUGUAUGACAUGGUUCAAGAUCGGCAGGGGAACAGUGCCCACCUGUCUCCUACUCUCGGCCCAGGGGUCCGGCCCCGACUGUGUCACAUAGUGAAAGAUGAGGGCGGCUUUGGCUUCAGUGUCACCUACAGUUAUCAGGCUCCUUUCUGGUUGGUGCUGAGCACUGGAGGAGCAGCUGAGCGGGCCGGGGUGCCUCCUGGGGCCCGACUGCUAGAAGUGAAUGGGGUCAGCGUGGAGAAGUUCACUUAUAACCAACUCAGCAGGAAGCUUUGGCAGAGUGGAGAGCAAGUGACCCUGCUGGUGGCCGGGCCAGAGGUGGAGGAACAGUGUCGCCAGCUGGGAAUGCCCCUGGCUGCACCCUUAGCGGAGGGCUGGGCACUGCCCACCAAGCCGCGCUCUCUGCACCUACAGAAGGGGCCCCGGGGCUUUGGGUUCCUGCUUCGGGAGGAGAAAGGUCUUGACGGCCAACCUGGACAGUUCCUGUGGGAGGUGGACCCAGGACUGCCAGCUGAGAAAGCCGGGAUGCAGGCUGGGGACCGGCUGGUGGCUGUGGCUGGGGAAAGUGUGGAGGGGCUGGGCCACGAGGAGACAGUGUCCAGGAUCCGUGCGCAGGGCUCCUCUGUCUCCCUCACUGUUGUCGACCGUAAGGCUGACCGCUUCUUCAGCAUGGUUCGCUUGUCUCCACUUCUCUUCUUGGAGAGCACAGAGGCUCCUGCCUCUCCCCAGGAAAACUGCUCGGCCUCUUUGGUUGAAACCAAGGACCUACCAGUUGAAGACACAGCCAUGCCUCUUGUCCCGUGUGGCUCCCGCCAGUGCUUCCUGUACCCUGGGCCUGGCGGUGGCUACGGCUUCCGGCUUACCUGUGUGGCCAGUGAGCCUCGUCUCUUCGUCUCCCAGGUGACCCUAGGAGGCUCAGCUGCCCGGGCUGGGCUGCAAACGGGAGAUGUGAUUCUGGAGGUGAAUGGGUAUCCCAUGGGUGGAGAGAAUGACCUGGAAAAGCUUCAGCAGCUGGUUGAGGCUGAGCCACCCCUCUGCCUGAAGCUGGCCGCCAGGUCCUGCUGGGGCUUCGAAGCCUGCGAUCGCCCAGGGUUUGGAGAGGACGGGGCUCUAGCCUCAGAGCUGCUGUAGUCCUCCUCUGCUGGACAAAGAUCUGCCCGUUGGCCUUCCCGUCUUCACUCUCUGGCUUGUGAUGGUAGGAGCUGAGAAGCUCUCUUUAGGCCAGAACUGCAGCUCUAGGAUUCCGGACACCCCCAAGCACAGGAUUGCCCAAGGUCUCCCUCCCUUCCUCCCAGAAGAGGGUGUGGCCAGAGGCCUCCGGCAGGCCCACUAGGGGGCCUAGGAGCAUCGGGUUGUGUCCCUGGGAUGAACUUCCCGCCCGAAACGAAGAGUGGUGUGAUUUCGUGAUUUGUAAUAAAUUAGACCCUUUCCCAGCACAGAGCUCCUAAAACCCUUGGAAUUUCCGAAGUAGUAAGAUGACAAAGGUGUCUUCUGUUACUCGUACCGAGCCCCUUUCAACCACAUCUGACUUUGUUAAUUAAGGAAGUGAUUUUUGGAAAGCACCUGAGGUUGGGGGACUGGUUGCCAGGGGAACCUACCACGUGAUUAGAGAGGGUUGGAACUUUCAGCCCCGCCCCGCCCCACCCCACCCCCACCCUGGACCUCCCGGGAGGGGAGAGGCACUGGAGGUUGAAUUAAUCACCAACGACCAAUGGUUUCACUGCUUGUGCCUCCAUAGUGAAGCCUCCAUAAAAAAACCCCCAAAAGGACGGGGUUCAGGGAGCCUGGAGGUGCCGGCCGGGUGGUGUACCCAGAGGGGGCAUGGAGCUCCCACGCUCAUGCCUUGUCCCGUUCCUACUUUCAUCUGGCCGUUCCUGACUUGUGUCCUUUAUAAAAAACCGGCAAUCUAGAGAUUAAAAGGUUUCUCUUGA